AUGGCUGUUCAAACGAUUGAAUGCAAAACGACAACGAUCGAGAAAGUGAUUGUGUUUACUGAUCGAGCUGAGAUUCGCAGAAAUGUUCCGCUGAAACUAGAAAUUGGAAUGAAUGAGAUCAAUAUCAUUAAUCUCCCCAAUGAAGUGGUCGAUGAUUCGGUAAGGAUUUCGGGAACGGGAAACGCGUCGAUUCAUGAGGUGCAAGUUGCAUGGAAAGAGGCAACGAAAAAGGAGAAAGAUUGUUCACAAGCAGCUGAUCUUCGCGUUAAACUUGAGGCGGCUGAACGGGAAAGAGAUUUGUUGAAGAAUCGGAGAAAGAUCAUUCAAAAGAAGAGAGAAGCGUUGGAUGCACUUAUUGGAAAGCUUGGAAACACGGAAAACGCUCGUGGGCUUCAGUUCAAUGGAGACACAUUCGAGGGAAUCGCAAAUCUCUUUGAGUACUACGAGAAACAAGUUCUUCAGUUCAACGAUUUCGAUGGCUCUUUGGAGAAAGAGGAGAAAGACGCGCAAGAAAGAGUUGAUGUCAUCAGAAAAGAUCUCAAUCGAUAUGAAUUUUCUGGAUCUGUUAGAACAGUCACCGUAAUCCUUGAGUCACCAGAAGCGACCGAUGCUCAUCUAAAUCUCAGUUAUCAAGUGUACAAUGCUGGAUGGAGACCGAGUUAUGAUAUUCGAGUUGACACGGGAAAAGAGAAUCAUAUGAAUAUCACCUACUCCGGUCGAGUCACUCAGAACUCUGGAGAAGAAUGGUCUGGCUGUCAGCUUGUCCUUUCCACUGCCAAACCAUCAGUUGGAGGAAAUAUCCCCGAAUUGGGAACUCUCGACGUCUCACUCUACGUAAAACCAUGCGAACCACCAAUUCAACCCUAUGGAGGUGGUUUGUACGGGGCACCUGGGGCAGCUCAGUCAUACUCUAUGCGACAAAUGUCAUUAGGAGGAAGAAAGGAAAAGAAUCUCAAUGUUGUUACCGCCACUGUUCAUGAGCAAGCUCUCUCCUCAGAAUUCGCGAUCGCUCGUCCGGCUGCAAUUCCACCCGAUGGAGCUGAGCAUAAGGUGACAAUCGGUGCCGCCUCAUUCCAACCCAAUCUUCAACAUGAAUGUGUUCCAUCAAAAAAUAACAACGUUUACUUGAUUGGAUCCACUCGAAAUUCUUCUUCUUUACCAUUUCUUCCCGGUGAAGCGGCGAUCUUUUUGGAUGGAAAUUUCAUCACAAAGUCUCAAUUGAAAGCCGUCUCUCCGGGUGAAUAUUUUACAGUAUCUCUUGGACAAGAUGCUUCAAUUAAAGUCGAUUAUAAGCCGGCACAUAACAAACAAGGAGAAGCUGGAUUGAUCAACAAGAAUAAUACACAAGUGAAAGAACAAAAAGUGAUUGUGAAAAAUACGAGAAAGGAAAAAGUGAAAGUGACAAUUAAAGAACAUGUGCCGAGGAGUACCGAUGAGAAGAUCAAGGUGCGUCUCCUCUCACCGACUCCUGCCCCUCUUCAACACAUUCCGGAGGACAAA